AUGUUAAUUUUUCCAAGAUUUAUAUUCUGCUUUCUUAGUUUAUUUUGCUUAUUGGCAUCAGAUAUUGGGAAACCACGCUUCUUUUCAAGCGCCGAACUUAUUUCAGUAAACAAUGGGCGACAUGAAGAGCUGCUGAGAAGAACCUUACUUGCGGUUGAAAAGGUUGUAAAUUUUUUUGCCCGCGAGUACAGAAACUUCAACAUUGAUGGAGUUUUCGGUCUUCAAGCACUUGAUGGUAAGCUAUAAUUCUUUCAUGACUCCAAUAAUUGACUUAUGAAAGAUAGCUUAAACAUAUCUCAAAGAUAAUAUUAGACAACAUAACACGAAUACUAAAUGAAAUGUAUUUAUGUAGCUGUACGGUACGUCGAAUCGAAUUUAGCGUAUCACAAUUCUCAGAUAUAAACCAUAUAAUUCACGAGUCAGUUAUAGGGCUAAUCGUCAGUUCAUGAUGGCGCUUUAAAGCUUGUCUAACUUCAACUCAGGAGUCUGUUUUAUCCCGCGGGACUCGUCCCUUAGCGGGUUUAAAGGCUUUGGUAUUCGUAGUAGCGAGAGUCCGUAACAGUGAGGCGCGAAAAGAAAUAACUUUGAACACAUUUACUCUUUAUAGAGAGAAAUGAUGAUUACCAUCGACUGAAGUGUCAAUCCAAACGCAGAUUUAUUCAAACUUACUUACUCAAACGAACUUUUUUUAAGUCUGCGAAACUGAAAAAAGGAAGAAGAGGAAUUUUGAUUGAUACGCAAUAGAAUAAUUCUAACCAAAACAGGACAAAAGUGAACAUGCUAAACGGAAGAAAUUGGUUGUGAUUUUGUCACGGUGUACACGCUGUAAAUCAGAAAUAUCUGUUUUAGCCUGAAAGAUGGCGGGCCGUGGAUGAGUAAAAUACAGUCCUAUUUUUGAGUCUAAUUCGGCUCCCUCAAUCAGGGCCAAUACAGCCCAAUUAACUAGGGCUGAUUUGGACCCAAGGGCUGAAAUGGGUCCCAGCGUGGGCUGGAAAAGCCUUUUGAUUGGGCUGUUUGGCUUAAUUUGUGCUCAAAUGACUCCAGGAAGGGCUGAAUCAGACUUUGCCCUGCAGGGCCGAAUUGGCACUUCGGGGCUGAAACAGACCUUUUCGUUUUUAUUGAAUCUUCAGUGAAGAAAUUGCGAGACCUUUUUUACGAGAGUAAGUACAAUUUCCAAUAAAGUUGUACUGCUAGAACCGAAAGAAAAUUCUCUUAGGCUGUAGUAAAGAGUGUUGGUAAUAACAGGUGUUUGUGUCGGUCAAUCGCCUGAUUUUUGCCGCGUUUCUUUUGUUCUCUGCAAGAUAAUACGGCUCAUACUACUAGUAAUUAUUUUUGUCCUCCACAGGAAUUCUUCAAGAUUUACUAACCAAAGCAAGAAGCAAUCGGAUUCAGAUACCUCAUGACGUACUUAACUUGUUGACCGAGUUACACAAAAGGGCGACCCUAACCGCAAAGAAAGCACAACCGUUUCUAAAUGCUUCUGACCCAGAUUACUACAGACUCGGUUUCGUAGCGAGGCACGCUUGGCUUUUCAAAAGAGACUUUAGAGGCCUGGACACUAGCCUAUCCCAGGGUACCCACUUCAGGCAGGAGGCUCGGUUUGCGGGAAAAGCUAUGGACCAGUGUAUCUCGGAUUUGAUUGGCGACCCGAGGACUGGCGCAAAACCUUGCAACAUUACGGAUGAAUGCUGGAGAUUUAUUGGUAGAAAUAACACACAAGGGUAUAUGACAACGCAUCAAGCUUUGUAUCUUAUGGUCGGAGAAGUCAAAGGUGAAUUAUAUUAAUAUUACUUAAAGAAAAUCAUGUUUUUUUGCAUACAUUUUUAUUUCUAAUAAACUCAGCUUACAGAUUUCUAAUGCAACAGUUAACUAAGGUGUUCAGGAUGGUAACAAUAAAAGAACGUGAGGAUAGCGCUCAACCCAGAAAUAAGACAAACUUAAGCGCAUUGAAGAUUCAGAAUGGAUUCCAUAUGCCUUUAAUUUUUAACGCGUUUCUUUAAUUUUACUCAGUACGCUCUUAACAAAUCUUGCUUUUGCAAAGCUGUACGUCUGGCUCAGGCAAAAACUUAGCAUUUGAGCUUUUUGAUACCGUUUACCUGAGUGCGCAUGCCUGUCAUUUAAUGUUGAAAAUCUGGAAAUAUGGGUAAAGACAGCCUCUUAUCCCGAAAAAAGGCUUGGCUACCAAGGCUACCCCAUUUCCGUAAGCCAGAAACGGAGUCCCUGAUCAGUUUUUAGUUAUUAGCUCCUUUAAUGCUAACACUUAUAUUUUUAACUUUUGCGGCUAACGCUAAUUUCUAAUUUGUUGACUGUUCUACGGCUAACUGUUGACGCCAUUGAGACCCUCUCUCCAUUUUAUGACAGGUUGCCUACCGACCAUCAAAGAAAGACUAUUUCCAUCUCACAGAAAUCGAGCACAUAUUAUCGAGGAUAUUUUUGAAGCUCUAUGCGCAAGCAUUUAUCAUGAAGUAAGAUGGAAGGAGGCAGUCCUUAAGACCGAGGAGAGAUCACGUGACACCGGAGAGAAGGACAUCUACAUUGAACAAUGCUACGUCUGUGGUAUCCUUGGAUACCAUAAGUUCCUUUCACUUGAUAGGCUAUCAACGUUUCUGCGAUGGCAGCUGCCACUCGGUUGUUAUGGUGAGAAUGCAAGUGACCAAGGUGAUAUGCUCGAAGAUUCUCAUCAAGGACUGGUUGAUAAUAUUCAUAGCAGUGUUCUCUCCGCAGGCAGAUCACGGCGGCAAACAAACCGCGAUUUACCGGGUAAUUUUUAAAUUAAAAGCCUCUAGCGACAAACCAUGACUAAUCUACUCAAUCAAGCAUGAAAAUUAUCUUUUAGCUAUUGACGCUAUUGUAGAGUGUAUAGCGAACAAACUAAUCGGCAAGGGUAAGCAUCAGCGAAAGAUCAACCGCCGCUCGGUUAGCUAAGCUGUAUGAACGGGAGCGGGAGACGAGUGGUUCAAACCCCGGCUGAACCAACACUCAGGGUCUUUAAAAUAAGUGAGGAAUAAGUGCUCUCUUUGUGAUAACAUCUGCAAACGGUUAGACUUUCUAGUCUUCACAGAAUAACAGGAGAAACCGUAGGUCCUGUCUCACAAGCCUGGCACAUGUAACAAUUCUGUGGCACAUAAAAGGAACCCACACACUAAUCGUAAAGAGUAGUGGUCGUACUUCCCGGCGUAGUGGUCUAUCUUAAUUCCACACUCACAUAGGAGGCUCCACGUGGGGAGGAGGGUACUCCGGAUUUCAAGUGACGGGGAUGCAUAUGAUCGAAGGGUUUUUGGGGGUUUGAAAUUUUUGAUUCCGGGGAUUUGUUUGGGUAAGAACAUUUGGCAAGUAUUUUUUCGGGUACAUAAAACAAUAUGAAGAUUCGUGAUACCUUCAUAUGGUAUGAUGAAUAAACAAACACAGUAUUUGACUUCUAAUGUUUAUAUUUUUCAUAUUAUAUCAUUUAAUGCUUUUUAAAAUUUUUAAGGCUAAGAAAUUUGGUAUGGGAUUUUUUUAGAGUUAAUUUUUGGCACGGGGAUUUUUUGGGGUUUUGGUUUCUGCCCCCAUUCGAUCUUCCACGUCACUUGAAAUCCGGAGCAUCCCCCCCUCCUUGGGUAGGGGGCAUCAUUACUCAUCCCCUCAUUACUUGUAAACUGCACCGUAAGCAAUCUGGCAAAGCCCCUAACAAUUGUUGUAAAUCAUCACUGAAAAGCCCUGAGGGGAGUGGAUAAUACGAUACCGUAUUUCCUCGAAUAACCGUCCCCCUUUGACGGAAAUACUCAAAAUAAUCGCCUCCCUCGAAUAAUCGCCCCUCCUCCGCCCCUCUCGCCAUCUUCUCUGUCUUUUAUCCCCUCCCUGGCAAAUUGAGGUACAAGAAGAUCCAGCAAAACUAAUCAGUGACGAUUCAAGCUCUGAAAAUUAAUCAAGUAACUAAAUUUGGAACACUGAAAAGCCCAUGUUCAGUUUAUCAACGUGAUUGUUUUAUGAUUUCAUGGGAAAAUAAAACAAAAUAUUUAGCGCACGACUUCCAGUGAGCAAUAUUUCAAAUAAUCGCCUCCCUCGAAAAAUCGCUCCCUUUUUGUGCGAAAAAGAAAUAAUCGCCCCCGGCUAUUAUUCAAGGAAAUAUACGGUAAUUAUAAUCAUCAAAAUGGGAAGAAGCCGGGUGUGAGAAUGCGGAACAAGAAAAGCAAGUCAAAAGUUGUAUAUAGACAAAAACCAUACCAAAAUUAUGGUCUAUACGUAAUAGCUAAGAAAAGAAAACUUAGGAGAGAGUAUACAAUUUAUAAAGUGUACAACAAAUACUGAGCUAACUCCAUGAUUUUGUUUUCUGUUUAGGUGGCUGCAAGAGACACGUCACAGGUGUAGCCACAGGUCUUCUUGGAGUCUAUCUAAAGUGGUUGUUGACGUAUCCUUCUAUGGAACGCAUGUUGAUGUGA